AUGUCUACAAUAGCUGUGCUUACUCCGUCCAUUGGCCAGUUCGGUAAGAGCAACAAUAUUACAAUAAAACCCCUAAGAGUUAUGAGUGACAACAUAUUUCUUAAACAGCUGUGGUUACGUACUCAUAAUACGAAAUAGUUUUCCUUUUUUAAAAGUGGUAGAAAUUAUGAAAUUCGACAAUGGAAAUUCGUUCCCAAUGCCCCGGGGGAUGGGUACAUUUGAAAUUGACUGAGUCACUACGCAUUCUGUACAAUUUACAGAUAGUGCAUAGCAAUUUGCCUAUAUUUUUUGUGCGGUCAGGCCUUCUGUUGGCCUCAUCACAAAAGCUGACAACUUUGUGUAGCCUGUAAAUAGAAAAUUAUAUUCCAUGAGCUAUAAUUCCGACGAAAAAGUUUCAAUUUUACAGAUUUGCGUAAUAUACGACAACUUUAUAUUUUACAUCAAUUUACGUUUCUGCGAAACUGGCCACAUACCCCCCCCCCCCCACCCCCAACCCAACAUUUUGCGCCAAGUGAGACGCAAAUGUGACGUUGAGUUAGGGGAGGGGUAGGUGGGCAGUUUCCCAAAUUUCACCAGCGCACAUUUAAACUUGAUUUUAAGCAAAGAUAAACAACAAUUUUUUGACAUUAAAGUGGAGAAAGCUUCUUAUUUGCACCAAUGCGCAAUGUCACCCCAUGCAAGGGAAUCCAAGACAGUCAAGAUUGGAUUCUAAAUUCCUCGAAGUGAAUUCCACAUUCCAGGUAAUGGAUUCCUGACUUUGUAAAAGGAAUUCAAAUUCCGGAUUCCAAUCUUUAAUGGCAUUCCUUGAGCUGUUUUAUGGAUUCCAAAAAGCCCACAACUCCGGAUUCAACAAGCGGCCAAAAUUUCCCGGAUUUCGGAGUGCGGAUUCCCCUUGCAUUGGGCGAGGUACGACAGACGUGAAUAGACAGAUAUAUCAAGCAAACCAGGUGCAUAUGGCCUAACCUCUCUUACGUGGUCACGCUUGUGCACCUGUACAGCGCCGACAAUCAGUAUUAGCCCGCGAGCAAGCUCUCCUAGGGUUCCCGGGUAAUCAGUAUUAAUAAUGGCAAUCUUUCAGGUGAAUGCCGUAAAUUGAAGUUCCCGGCCUCUUUCUCCUAUACUGAUAAACGUCUGAAAGGCCACACGAUUAGAACAAGCCAAGUCCUGGACAUAGAUAUCUGUGAACUGCUGUGCUACCAGGAACCGAAUUGUGUUAGCAUUGAUUUUAAAUACGAAGUGCGCUCGGUAGCAGGAGGCAGCUCAUACAACUGUGAAUUAAACAAUUCAACCCAUCUGGGACACGAUCAGGAUUUCGUGGACGCAAAAGGAUACGUUUAUCGUGGAGCAGAGGUAGGCAGUUAUGAAGUUCCUCUACAAAGGAACAAAGGAAUAUCUGCAGUGAUAUCUAUGCCCUUUACAGAUUAUAAAAUUGGGAUACGAAUUAGAAUUAGAAAAUUGGCAGCGUGGCCGAGAGGUCAGCACACCCGAUUAAUGAAAAAAAUCCGUUAUUUACUCUUCGGGCAGUCAUAUAUAGCAAUUAAUGCUAGUGGGGCUGGGAAAAUGUCUUAGACAAAUCAUUUUAAAUCAAACGUUAUAGGGGAAGAAUCCCAACUGGCCGGAAUCAAGCCAGCAAGCUAAUAACAAGUUUGGUCGAGGAUUUGAACUCAGAACCACCGAGAACAAAUCCAGCUAGCAGUGAGGCCGGUCUUGAACCUGACUUUUUUCCUCUUUCAGUUCUUUGCUUUCUGUUUUCAAAUUCUUUCUUUCUAUCAUGUAACUUAAAAAAAUUCCCUUUAUCUAAAGAGUGCUUGUGAUAAAGCUCCUUGUGAGAACGGUGGAACAUGCCAAGCUGGAUUUACAGAAAAACGAUUCCGUUGUUUGUGCCCGGCGUAUGUCACCGGUAUACGCUGUGAACACGGUAGGCAACGUUAAAACUGCAUGUUCGUCAUAAUGUCAACUUUUUUCAUGGGCAAUGGAAACUUUUCCUAACCCACCUAAAUUUUUAGGUUAGGCCAGAGUAGCUCGAAAUUUAACUGAAGCCAAGGUUUAAAGGGUAAAAUUUAAAACAAAACGGCGAGAAAACGCUCUUGUGUAGGAAGACAUCUUUCUAUAAGAGAGCACCGAGCCUUAACGGAGACACCCAGUUACGCCUACACAACAUGACAGUCCAAAAAAGUCAGUAAGACAGUAGCCUGCGUAGCAAGCGUUUCCGUUUGGUUUCGGAGCAAAAGGAGACCGUGGAAGGGGAUUUUCGGUUUUGAUCGCGCAAGAAGUUAAACGAGAACCCUCCCCGUUCUUUUACUUCAAACAUUUUUCGCGCGGUCUUUGACUCUUGUUCCUCGUUCUUUGCUCCUAAACCGCACAGAAACGCUUGCUACGUAGGCUAGUAAGACAGUAAAACCAAGAACUCAACAAUUCCAACCCUGAGUUGGCCCUCGGCGGUCUUCGAGGAGCUUUGUCUAGGUUCCUCCUACGUAGACGUCCUUUUGGCUCAUCACUGGCGCAAUCUUCCCCAGUGCGGGGAAGGCUAUGUCCAGGUCAAUAACUACUGAAUAUCUCAUUUGGAAGGUUGCAAGUUUAUUUGGCGACAUAUGAGUCUGUGUAGUCUUAAAUUAGGAAGGGAGCUGACAGUUCGAAUUUGCGCUUCCUCGCCAGGAAAAUAAUUACCAUUGAGCUUCAACUUUUUCUUUCAUAUGUGCAAUGUAUAGCAAUUAAUUUUUUUGUGACGAAGUGAACUGAAACUAAACUGAUACUGAUCUGACUGGACUAAAACAUCAUUCGUAUUACCUGUAUUAUUUGUGAUAGGAGUUAACGGCUGCCAAGAUAUAAAAAUGAAAGGUCAUUCUAAGGGAGACGGUAUGUACUGGUUAGACCCUGAUGGAGAAAGCCAUUCAAACGCCUUCCUGGCUUACUGUGACAUGACGUCAUACAAUGGAGGAUGGACCAUGUGUUACACCACCGAUGAAUACGCCAAACCCAGGAUUGAGGUCAAGUACAAUGCCACAUUUCAAUAUGGAACUGACGGGUACAGAACGAACUGCAACAAUAUCAAAGUAAGUUGAUUAAUUGCUUUGAAUGGCUUUAUUGAGUUACCUAUUGAAAAACUGGCAAAGGUUCUGGAAAACAGUUCUGAGUUCCAGGGUCAGUUCUGAAUCAAAUGCGGCGCAAAUCACCUGCUUAUAAACGCGGAUAAAACUAAACUUGUGCUCUUUGGAACACGGCAACUUGUAUCAAAGCUACCUGAUGUCACUGUGUCCUUCCUUGGACAACAACUAUGCCCUGUCCCGUCCGCCAAAGAUCUGGAUGUUACCCUGGACUCUAGCUUAACAUUCAAUAAUCACAUCUCAUCAUUAUCGUCAUCCUUGCUAUCUAGUUUGUGCCAAAUAAGUAGGGUCCGCCACCUGUUUUCCAAAGAAGUUUUGUAUAUAAUGAUCAACUCUGUUGUGUGCAGGAAAUUAUGUUACUGUUCCGCUGUAUGGGCUGUUACUUAUAAACAGAACAUCCAUAAACUAAAACUUAUGCAGAACUUUGCUGCCCGUAUACUAACUGACACAGGGAAAUACGAUCAUAUUACCCCGGCCCUGAAAGCUCUUGGCUGGCUGACUAUAGAGGAGCAACUUUGGUUGCGAGACGUGACAAUGAUGUACAAAUGUGUUAACAAUUUAGUGCCAGCAUAUAUUAGCUGUAAAAUAGGGAAGCGAUCCAAUGCGCACCCUUACAAUCUCCUCAACAGUGAAGGUCUAAACCUGCCAGGAUGCCGGACAGCGGCUGCCCAGAGUGGCUUCUUUUAUAGGGCAACAAAAGCGUGAAAUAGUGUCAGUAACAACACUAGAACUGCCCGAUCAUUGAGAUCAAUUAAAAAGCGGUAGCAUGCAAAGACAGCAUUAAUGUAGAAAUAGGAUACCGGUAUACAUAUCAUAGUAUUUUAUUACAUUGUUAAUUAUUAUUAGAAGUAGUAAUUUUAAGUUGUUAUUUAUAUAUCAAGAACAUGUAUAUCAUCAGUUUUAGUUGUAUUAUAUAUACAUAUUGUAAAUUAAUUCUGAAAAGCCCCUCGGGGAGAAUUAAUAAAAAAAGUAUUGUAUUGUAUUGUAAAUGCAGGUGACCUUAACUCUUAGUUCAUCAUAGCCUCUUUCAGCCCUUAUUUCGCUGUUGCUUUUCGUUCUAGUUUACAGAAAUCAUGUUUAUAGAUCACCAAACUGGAAGCAAGGCCUACUUCACACAACGUGACCAGACACCAAUAAAAGCCACCGGUAACUACGGGAAUAGAGGCAGUGCUUAUGGACUGUGGGACAGAGUAUUGACGGACGGAGUAGGAGCAAGUAGUAACACACACUUCGUCUACCAGCUGCUCGUCUGUGAUCAUUCUUUCUUUUCGGGCUUCUUCGUUUCCGGUUACACUGGUUGUUACAAAUAUUGUAAUACGUGGUGUGGUGAUUCUUUAUCGCCGUACUUCCGUACAGCAUCCACAGAUCUUCGAUUCAGUGGUGUGGCCUUCAACGAAAAUGGUCACCGAGCUCUCAGCAACAGGCUUAUUAGUGUCGGGUUGCGUUAA